GCAGCACAGCUGGAAGGAAGGAAGGAAGAACGAAAGAAUUAACUCAGAGCAGGAUUGACUCCUGUGUAUAGAGAGAUCCAGGAGUCAACGAAAUGGCCAUGAUUUCCUUGGUAUUCCUGUUCAGUUUGGUCUGCUACGGCUGCAGUCUUCCAACUUCUAAGCCCGCCAUCCAGCCUCGGAAGCCGCUGGUGGAACGUGGAGGCACUAUUCAACUGAUCUGUUCCAUGGAUUGUCCUGAUGCUGAAGUGCAAUGGGAAGGCCUGGACACCGACUUGGGGAACAUCAUUUCAAACCACACCCAGAGCAUCCUAACGCUGAGCAAUGCAACCAUUAACAUGGAGGGGACAAAGUUGUGCUCAGGACAGUGCCAAGGGACUCCCUCUCAGGCCAAGGUGGAGCUGAAUGUAUAUUCUUUUCCAGAUACUUUGCAGUUGGACUCCCAGCCCCAAACGCUCACCGUUGGGCAGCCGGCUCGCUUGCUGUGUUCCAUGAGUCACGUCUACCCUCACGGUGUCCUUACGUUGAGCUGGUUCCAGGGAGAUGAACAACUGGAGGCUUCCAAGGAGAUGGAAGAAGAAGAAAUGGAAGGCUCAGAAGACCAGCUGUUUGUCUACCACUCUGAACUGGAGCUCCCGAGGGUGGCCGAAGAUGUAACUUACAAAUGCAAAGCAACUCUGGAGGUCGAAGGGGAGGUCUUCGUCCACGAGAGGGUUGCUAUCGCCAUCACUGGUCCCAAAUCUACGCAGGAGCUUCUCAGUGCUACUGAGAGCAUCGCCCUUACUCCCACAUCUGGAAGGAUAAGUCAAACAUCUGCUCCGGAGCUAUUCACCACAGCUGACUGGAAGUCCUCAGUUGGAACAACCACUAGCCUCCUCGAUCUUGUUUCCACCAAGCAAACCAGCUCUGGGACAUCUGUGGCUACACCAACAGCCGCCCCCACGCUGGAAUCCCUAACUGAAGAUCACAACUCCAUCACACUGGUCAACAACUCCGCUGGAUCUUCUUACCCAACAGACGAAGAAUUAACUACCAAGCCAAUUUCCACGACAGAAGGGACCACAGAAAAACCAACUACCAAGCCGGUUUCCACGACCAACGGUUUCUCGACAGAAGGGACCACAGAAAAACCAAAGGACCUCUGCCGACCCACAAUCGUGCCUGUGCCCGCCCAAGGGAUCAUGGGAGGCGCCCUUCGCAUCACGUGCCAGACCGCAAAAUGCAGCAGAGAUGUCCAAAUCCAGUGGGUGGAAACCCCAGCGGCCCAAUCGCAGUACCGUCUGGAGGAAGCCGAGGGCCGUUCAACCCUGAUGGUUGAGAGCGUCAGCUUGGAGCACCAAGGGGUCUAUCGAUGCGUUGCGAUUGCCAGCCCACCCCGAACAGCAACCUUGCGUGUCGUGGUAUCUGCCGAUGUUGUCAACACAGAUGCCCUUUUCACCAUCGGAGCCACCGGAUCGCUCUUCGGACUGAUCAUCACAGGCUACAUCGCCCAUCGAUGGCGGCAACGGCAGAGAUGGUGAACAAGCGAAAGGCCAAAAGAUUUCUGUCCCAUCUCCUUGGCUAUGCCCCCUCUGGCUUCUAGACUUCCGGCCAGACCAUGAAAAUUAUUCUCUGGUCUUCAAGGGCUAUCAGGGACUCCCACCGGACACAUCGCCAGGAUUUUCUGCACUGCUCAAGAUCAUAGAGGUGGAAAUGAAGAGCCCGUUUCCAGGGUCGUUCGCCCCAUUGACGGGGCAGAGGUCAUUCGCUGCAGAACUGAUGGCCGGAUCCUUCUUCAGUUUUGAUGUGAACUCGGUGGAACUGUAGGUUUGAGUGCAACUGUUUAUGUCAGGCGCGGACAACUAGAGCCACUCGGGAAAAGUCUAAGCCAGUAACUCUAUUGACUUCUACCUAUACUACAAGAAUCUCCCAGAUAAGGUUCCACGUGACUAAGGGGGAGUCAAGCUUAUGCAUCUCGUGACUGCUAGGACUCAAGGCUGGGUCCCUGCUUGAUCCCUCCUGCCUGCCUGGCUGGGAGUUUCCCAACAGUUUAGGAUGGACCUAUAAGGAUGCCAGCCAAGAUCGGCUGCUACGGUUUUGAACAUUGAAGGGAAAGUAACUCAAAUGAGGUUUUUCUUUCUCACGCUCCCUUUUUUCUGCACAUCCUGAACCUACAAGCACUGGUUCUCAAAUAUGUACUUUCUGAAAGUUUCAGGGUUUUUUUUUCACAUCCCAGCCAGCAGGAAGUUUAUUUCAGAGAAAGGCUAAAUUAUCUCUGGGGCUGGUGAGUAUACUGGGAAUUUGAAGAGCAUGAUAUGGGUGCUCUCGCCAAAUGGCUUUAACAGAAUAACACAGUUGGAAGGGGAUUCGAGUCCAACCUCCUGCUCAAACAGGAGACCCUACACCACUUCAGACAAAUGGUUAUCCAACCUCUUCUUAAAAACUUCCACUAUUGGAGCACAUACAACUUCUGGAGGCAAGUUGUUCCAGUGAUUAAUUGUUCUCACUGCCAGGAAAUUUCUCCUUAGUUCUAAAUCGCUUCACUCCUUGAUUAGUUUCCAUCCAUUGUUUCUUGUCUUGCCUUCAGACGCUUUGGAGGAUGGGUGGACCCCCUCUUCUUUGUGGCAGCCACUCAAAAACCGGAAUACUGCUAUCAUGUCCCCCCCCCCAAAUCCUUCUUUUCUCUAGACUGGCCAUACCCAAUUCGUGCAAGGGUUCUUCCUAUGUUUUAGCUUUCAGUCCUCUAAUCAGCUCUGUUGCUCUUCUCUGCACUAUUUUCAGUGUCACAACUGGAAACUCUCUCUACCACACAUUUAUUUCCCAGGUGAGAUUGGUCCUGCCCACCACCGCUAGAUAGAAUAGAAUAGAAUAUUAGAGUUGGAAGGGACCUUGGAGGUCUUCUAGUCCAACCCCCUGCUUAGGCAGGAAACCCUACACCACUUCAGACAAAUGGUUAUCCGUCAUCUUCUUAAAAAUUUCCAGUGUUGGUGCAUUCACAACUUCUGGUGCGACAUGCCUGCUUACCUAUGUUGUUGUAGGUACAUUUCCAGUCAGGGAUUCUAACAAUUGUAAUUAUUUGGUGAGAUGUAACAAUGUGAAGAUCCUGUUUUGUUCCUGUUCCCAGCUGUAGGACUGUAAUUGGUUCCCACACUAAUAAAGGUUUCAACAAUCUCUGCAAAGAAGGCCACGUCCUCCCCAGGUCCCAGAAAGACUUCUAGAAAGGACAUCAGAAAGUCUCACUUCAACACACCCGGGGAUAAAUUGGUUCUAAAGCGGAACUAAUUCAGGUGCUGGAAUUCUUGUGACACCCUCUCCAAUACAGUUGGUCUUCGAUUUACGACCAUAAUCAAGCCUUGAGGACUUAAGUCAUGACGGUCAAAAAGCAGGUCAUUAUGUGGGUGACCUUUUUGCAGCAGUUGUUAAGUGAACACCACAGUCGUUAAACAAACCACCAUUGAUUGCUCUGGGUAAUCUUUGGUGGAAAUUAGAAGUAAAUGCCGGUUUUCAGCAACAAUGGUAAUCACAUUUUUUUUUUAAUUUGAUUUAUAUGCCGCCCUUCUCCGGAGACUCAGGGCGGCUUACAAUGCGUUAAGCAAUAGCCUUCAUACUUUUGUAUAUUUAUACAAAGUCAGCUUAUUGCCCCCACAAACUGGGUCCUCAUUUCACCUACCUUAGAAAGGAUGGAAGGCUGAGUCAACCUUGAGCCUGGGGAGAUUCGAACUUACAGUAAUUGCAGACAGCUGGUGUUAAUCACAAUGCUAUCAGUCUGCUGAGCCACCAGGCACCAGCCACAUGACCAUGGGACGACGCUGCAAAUGGACACAAAUGCAGGCCGCUUACCAAGGGCCCAAAAUGCAGUCACAUGACCAUGGGGGGGGAGGGGGGCUGUCAGAAUUCCAGAACCAAAUCUAAAUCCCUUUUGGGUGCUCCGUCCUAAGUUUGAACGGUCACUAAGUGACUGGUCAUAAAUCAAUAACUCUCUGUAAAACUUUGUAAAGACAACUCUGCAAGAAUCACACUAGGAAGAAAAAUAUCUUUGCUUCUAGGUAAAGGUAAAGGUUCCCCUCGCACAUAUGUGCUAGUCGUUCCCGACUCUAGGGGGCGGUGCUCAUCUCCGUUUCAAGGCCGAAGAGCCAGCACUGUCCGAAAACGUCUCCGUGGUCAUUUGGCCGGCAUGACUAGACGCCAAAGACGCACAGAACGCUGUUACCUUCCCACCAAAGGUGGUCCCUAUUUUUCCACUUGCAUUUUUUAUGUGCUUUCGAACUGAAGCUGGGACAAGUAAUGGGAGCUCACCCCAUUAUGUGGCACUAGGGAUUCAAACUGCUGAACUGCUGACCUUUCAAUCGACAAGCUCAGAGUCUUAGCCACUGAGCCAUCACGUCCCAAACCAACUGCCAGCCAAACCAGCUGCCAGCCAGGGCAGAAGGGUGGUUAGGAAUGCAGAGACUCCAGAAAUCUGAUCUCUGCUUAGCCAACCUUGCAGGGUGUUUGUUGAGACUAUAAAAAUAACACAAAGGACCUGCAACUCUGAGCAAUGUUAAUCCAGUAUUUUAUGCUGGGCUAGCUGGGGUGCAUAGCCUCCUGUCUCAAUAAAUCUCACUAGAGACCUGGACUUUUUUUUUUUUUUAAAAAAAUCACUUUCCAUUUAAGGAGGUUGCCAAGAAGCCGGACACACCAUGUAGGAUCUUGAACUUCUGGCAGAACAACCCAUUUCCCCCCUUUCAGCUUUUUCCUCAUCUAAAAUUGUGCGGUAGAUGAUUGAUUGGGUGCCAUUACAUUGUUGACUCCCAGCAACCACAUAGACAGAUUUUCUCCAUCACAAUCUCUCCUUAACCUGGUUUUUCAGGUCCUCCAGUGUUGUCCCCAUUGCCACUGUUACUCAGUCCAUCCCAGGGGUGAAAUGCUACCGGUUCGGGCGAAUCUGUAGUAAAAAAAUGCUACCGGUUCGGGCGAACCGGUAUUUUCGACGAUCAGCUGGGCGAUGAUCAGCUGUGAUGCAAGAUUUAUAUUAGCUAGAAUCGUCGGAUUUCCUGCUUUCUAGCUAAUCUAAAUUGCGUGGCACAGCGGAUUUCCCCCCCCACUGUUCUACUUACCUUUGCAGACUCAGAAAACUUCAAAAUGUUCCUUUUUUAGCGCUGUGUGGCUGUGCACUCAAUAGCACACUCACCAACCUCUUGGCUGCUGCUGGUCCUUCUCUUCUUCUUUUUUCCUUCCACCUUUCCCAGCAUCAGAGCCGCUUCCGGAAAGUUGGGUCUUCCCAUAAUUAGUUCAAAGUAGGAUAAUUUGAGCCUGGUCAUUGGUGCCUUGAGUGACAACUUUGGAUUGAUUUGUUCUUUUGAUCUAUUUAUUUGUUUUCUUGGCUGUCUGUGGUAUUCUUUAGCCCAGCCAAUAAAAAUAUAAUAAAAAAAUCCUGAUUUCA